CCACGUGUUGACCUUUACAGAAUCUGGCACGCGCUCUCCACACUCUUCGAUAUCCUCCUUUUCUCUCUCUUUCUCGCGAAAAGUCUCGGCAGCCAAACAUCAACAGGAGCUCGUGUUCGGUAUCCGGGGAGCUUCUCAUCUUCCUUCCUGAAGCUUACGCAAACCGUGCUAAAACGCAGCCUAGCUUUGACUUAUCCCUUGGUGAGCUAGUUCUCGUGAUUUUUUUCUCGAUUUUGUAUUUCUUCUCUUCCGUACGUAUUGCUGGAAGUUCUGUGACUGAGUAGAUGAAACUGAGUACGCAUUCAGGCUUUGCUGUUCCACAUCAAUGGGGCAUUCCGGACCAUAGUACUCAAGUAGCUGAUCUUUUAGAAGUUUCAACAUUCAACCUAAGGGGAAAGAGGAUUGAUUUUCCAUGUAGACUUCACAUAGGACAACCGACUCAAUAUGAUCCGAGAGCAAUUCAUAAAAGAAACUUUAGGUCAAACACUUUAGCUUUUGCAAAUCGAAAAGAUGAAGCUGAAAGAGGCAGUUCAAAUACAUGCUCUGAUCAUGUUCUACCUUUAGAAUGUAAUGGCAGUUCCAACCAUCCAGAUGUGGAAGUUGAUGUGUCCUUGACACAAUCACAACCAGACAUCUCUGGAAGUGCUGAAUACCUGGCAAAUGAAGGAAGCCUUUUAGACAAACUGAAGGCCGUACACUUACAUGUAUUAGCAUCAGAACAGUGGAAUGCUUCUCGACUCAAAUUAAGUCACAGAAAUUACUUCAUGAGUGCUACAAACUUAAUUCAUCACUUGGCACUGAAAUGCCUUGAUGUUAAGCAGCUCAAAGAAGAUCUUUCUUCUACUGGCCUACUGAAUUUGGAGAUCAUUAAUUCAAAUGUGCUUGCCAGUCUUAGUGCUGCCAUACAACUAGUGGAGAACUUGAAUUUGAAUCUUCGAACUACUAAAGAGAAUAUCAGGACAGAGAUAUGCAGUCACGGAAGUUCAGGUGAACUGAAGACGGGGAUAUUCACUAUAAAUGCAACACGUCAGAAGGCUUCAUCCAAUAGAGAGUUAUUACUGGGUUCAUUUCGAGAUGGCAGAACUACUCACAUCAUGGUGACAGUUGGCCAAGAAGCUGUGGAAAAUGAAUCUCAUAUAACCAAUCUCCUAAAGGCUGGGACCUCAAUUAUUCGAAUCAAUUGCGCACAUGGAAACCCCACUGUGUGGAGUGAAAUCAUCAGAAGAGUGAAAACAAGUUCUCAGAUGCUGGAGAUGCCCUGUCGAAUUCUCAUGGAUUUAGCUGGACCAAAACUCCGGACUGGUCACCUAAAGAGUGGCCCAUGUGUGAUGAAACUAUCUCCCAAGAGAGAUGCUGCUGGAAAUGUGAUAUUGCCUGCUCAAAUUUGGCUCUCUAGCAAAGGAGUGAGUCCUCCUGCUCACUUCUCACCAGAUGGAAUGUUAUUCAUAGACAACCAAGAGAAUCUCGCUAAACUCGAGAUUGGUGAUACUGUAAGAUUCCACGAUGCUAGAGGGAAAAAGAGGAGGCUAAAAAUCUCUAAAAAGUUUCAUGUAUUUACUAGUACUGGGUAUGUGGUUGAAUGUGAUAUGACUGCUUACGUGCAGUCCGGAACAGAAAUGUAUAUUAAGAGAAAAAAAGGCAAUUUUUUAGUUGGAAGAGUGGUGGAUGUCCCUGCAAAGGAGCCAUUUGUUAGAUUAAGAGUGGGAGACCUGCUAACUAUAACACGAGAUAGCACAUCCACACAAGAAGAAUCAUUUAUGCUCACAAGCGGUGCUCCUAAAGUUACUUGUCCCUCUGGCUAUCUAUUUGAUUCAGUCAAACCUGGAGAAAGCAUUGCUUUUGAUGAUGGAAAGAUUUGGGGAAUAAUCCAAGGAACAAGUAUUUCAGAGAUUAUUGUUUCGAUCACCCAUGCUGGUCCAAGAGGAACUAAACUUGGAUCAGAGAAGUCCCUUAACAUCCCAGAUAGCAAUAUUCGAUUUCAAGGCCUCACUUCAAAGGACCUAGUAGAUCUUGAAUUUGUUGCUUCCCAUGCUGACAUGGUGGGUAUUUCCUUCGUUCGAGAUGUUUGUGAUAUUGUUUUGCUUCAACAAGAGCUGGAGAAACGGAGACUUAAUAAGCUAGGUAUUGUUUUAAAGAUUGAAACAAGGAGUGGGUUUGAGAAAUUGCCUCAAAUGCUCUUAGAGGCAAUGAAGUCACCAAAUCCUCUUGGAGUUAUGAUUGCUAGAGGAGAUCUCGCAGUGGAGUGUGGGUGGGAAAAGCUAGCCGAUAUACAGGAAGAGAUUCUAUCUAUCUGUACUGCUGCCCAUGUACCAGUUAUUUGGGCAACUCAAGUCUUGGAGUCGCUUGUCAAGUCUGGCGUGCCUACAAGAGCUGAAAUUACCGAUGUUGCCAGUGGAAGGAGGUAAGUUGUCCUUCUGUUUUCAUCUGGCCAUUAUCUUGAUUUAUUUGUCAAGACUUUCCUAGAGAUUACUGGUGAACUACAUUGGAUACUCUAAAUACUAAUUCCCUUCUAAAUUUCUUUGUUGGUAAUUGGAGCCAAUUUUCGUUCUAAGACACUGAUAAUCUAUUUAUAUAAAUCGGUAGCAUUAGAAAACAAAUUGUGGUCGUUUGGGUUCAUUUCUCAUUCAUUUGCUUAGUUCAGGUAUCCAUAAAGCCAUUUUUGUCCAGUUCGAUUCAUUUCUCAUUCACUUUUAGUAAAUUUCUGAUACUGUCUUGAUAUUUAUAAUUACCAGUAACUUUUGCACAUUCUAUUCCCACCAUGAAAAUUUUGAUGA